UUGGCAAGUCUGCUAUUAUAAGACACGCGAUACUUAGAAGUGUGUACCCGCCUCCGCUCUAGUAGGUGUUCCCGUGCCACCUUCGCCCGAGCCCUAGAUAUUGCAGGCCCUGGGCUUGCUGGUGGACCCCGGAGGCUACCCGGUGAAGUCAGGAGGACCCCUGAACUCUCCUGCCACGACUUUGAAUGUAACUUCCUUCCUUGGGGUAGCUCCUAGAGUUGGCGUGGUUCCCCGCGGGUAGUCUUGGGGCUCUGUCCUCCCCUAUACCCUGGCCACUCGCCACCUAUAGCUCUGCCUCUCCUUGGCUUCCACGGUGCCCUGGGUCUGCCGCUGUCUUACCCCCAACCUGCCAAGCAUCCGUAAAGGUCCUCGGCUCAAAGGGCCGUCUGCCGGGGUUGCCAGCCCAGACCUUCCGCCUCGGCUCCUUCUUUAACCCGGCUGCCGGUUUCUUCGCCGGCUCUGCGGCUUACGAAGCGGCUGGUUCCUUCACCGGCUCUGCUGCCUGAAAUGCGGCCGGCUCCCUCGCUGGCCCUUCUGCCCACAGCGCAGCCGGCUCCUCCACCGGCUCUGCUGCUCAGGAUACCACCGGUUCUCUCUCUGGCUCCGCUGCCUGCAAUGCAGCCAGUUCCCUCCCUGGCUCUACUGCUCCAGACGCUGCCGGAGCCUCCACCGGCUCUGCUGCUUGCAGCGUCGUCCAUUUCACCCCCGGCUCUGCUGCUUCCGACGCCGCCGGCUCCUCCACCGGCUCUGUCGCCUAUACCGCAGCCGGCUCCUCCACCGGCUCUGUCGCCUAUACCGCAGCCGGCUCCUCCACCGGCUCUGUCGCCUAUACCGCAGCCGGCUCCUCCACCGGCUCUGUCGCCUAUACCGCAGCCGGCUCCUUCACGGGUUCUGCCGACAGCGUCGGAGCCGGUUCUACCGUCAGCACGGCUGCCGGGUGUACUGACGGCUUUCUCGGAGCCCGCUCUGGCUCCGCCUCUUGCACUCGCGGCGGCUGAUCUGCUCCCCACAGGAACUCACUCCCCUCGUCUCUUCAUCAGCCGCCCCGCUGCCUCCGCAGGGCCGCUUUUUGUUUGUUCCGGGAGGCGUCCUCCGCCCCCGCUGCUCUGCCGCAGCCGGAUAAACACCCGGCUGAUCACCAGCGCCGGCGUCCUCGGUGUAUGUGUCUCCCCCGACUCUUCCGGAGGACACAUAUCAACUUCUUCAAAGUAACUUGCCACAGGAAGCACCCAUCCAUGAAAGCACCAAACAAGCAGCUCCCUUGCAAGUCAGUGGCAAGUGGAAGUACUGAGCACCUCACAGUGUGAGACCUUAACACAGAAGAUAACAACUGUGUCCAAUUAAGUUGAUGCAGUCAAGUGAAAAGAUUUGUUUGACCUGGACAUUGAAAUCGGCUUGUCACAUUGUAUUCUGCUGGAAAUAGGAUUGCACAUUUGGGUAAGUGCUGCUCAUCACUCACCAAACAUCUGUGACCUGAACAAUUCAGGUCAAAAAAUGAAAGACAUAAUGUAGGUUAACAUCAGCAAAACAAGUUCAAGAGGUAGUGGAAUAAUGCGGCAUGUGCCAACUCUGUCUUCAUACUGAAGUGGUUUUGUCUUCGGAGGGUAGAAUUUAAACUGGUGGAAACAGCUUCUGUAAGAGGUCAUUCUGAGACAUGUUUUCAAGGGAUUCUGUGUAAAAUGCAACAUCUUUAGCUACCGUAGUAAUUUUGUACAUGCCCAUCAGAGUAAUACCUAGGUCACACAAACCUGUAUGUCCCUAUUGCUGUUAGUGGUUCACAUGACAGCUGUAAUUCUGUUUGCAAUUGCAACCUAGGCUAAGUGUGGGGGGAAUGAUUCCUCUGAGUGGUAUUUUGCCUCUCGUGUCUCCUUGCAGC